AUGAGUCUUCCUACUUUGAACCAAUACCACAAAAAGCCCUAUCAGGCAAUUGAUCCUUCUCUCCCCGCCCUUCAGCAGACAGGCAGAACAGUCAUUGUUACUGGGGGCAAUAGUGGCAUCGGGUAUGCUAUCGCUCGCAGCUUUGUCAAAGCGAACGCCGCUCGUGUCAUUAUCCUUGGACGUCGCAAAGAUGUAGUCGCAUCUGCAGCUGCCAAACUUCAAGACGAGGGUUAUCAGUUUGGCAGUGGUACAGAUGUACAAGGCCGCACUUGUGAUGUCUCGGACUUGAAAUCCACUGAGCACCUCUGGAAAGCACUUGAUUUAGAGGAUAUUUUCGUCGAUGUCCUGGUCUCGAGUGCUGCAAGCUAUGGUGCUAUCGAGACUAUUCUUGAUGGAGGUCUGGCCAAGGUCUGGGGCGACUUCGAGUCCAAUGUGCGAAGCACUCUCGAUAUGACAGAGCGAUUUUACAAGCAAAGAAAAGCAGCCACAGACCAAACCAAGGUAGGAUAUUUUCACCUUCAUUCCAAGCUCUCCCAUGCUCACAAUAGGCAGUUUCUAGUCAACAUCUCAACCUGUGCGGCUUACAUGUGGUCAACAGUGGGUCCCGACCGACCAACAUAUGGGCUGACCAAAAAUGCCAGCACUCUCCUCCUGCAGCAUAUUACACAGGAUACUAAACCCAGUGAUAUGCAGAUUGUCAGUUUCCAUUUAGGUGGCAUUUUGACCGACUCUGCCAAUAGAGUCGGUGGGGAUAACCGGGAGGGCCUUGUCUUUGACGAUGAAAACCUUCCAGGCCACUUCUCCGUCUGGGCAGCAACGCCUGAAGCCAGCUUUCUUCAUGGCCGCUUUGUUUGGGCUAAUUGGGAUGUUGAUGAGCUGAAGACUGGUCCUACUGAAUCACUGUGGACUUCGUAA